AUGCUGAGCCUCAAGGACCUUUUAAAUCCUAUAAAGGAGCCAGAGCAACCAAAGCAGCAAGAACAACCAGGAUCGCCAAAUAAAGAAGAUCAACCUAAGAAAUGCGAGAACUGUAGCCGCCCAGCAGCUGCAAACCAAUGCAGAUGCGAAGAAUGCGCAGUAAUCAACGCUCGUAGGACUCGUGAAAUGUUUGAUGGUCGCAAGCAGCAAGGGAAGUGUGGAGUCUGUGGGGAGAAGUUGGAUAGGGUUGGAGUCCGUUGUAAAAAAUGCAAUGACAGGAAGAACAUGCGUCAACGGGAAUGGAAAAAGAAGAAGAGGGAGGAGAAGAAGAAGAAGUAG